UAGAGACACACCAGGAUUCGUCACAACGCUCGGAACUAACGGUCUGGAUUUCGGUAGCGGCCGAACGGAACCGCAGAGCUGGACAGAGAAUAAGAGGAUGUGAUUUUGCAGGCGCCUCCGUUGUGUUAAAUGUCUCGGCUGUCGCGACGAUAGUUUAUAGUUUAUUCAAACUCGGCAACGGUCGUUAGCGAUGUUUACAGAGCUGAACAGUAUUCUCAGCGCUACUCCCGACAGCUUCAGAAAGGGGGAGUUUGUCUUGGUCUCUGACAGGCAGUCUGACGCCUCAUUCUUAGUUCAUCACUUCCUCUCGUUUUAUCUAAGAGCGGGUUGCAAGGUGUGUUUCCUGGGUCUUGUGCAGUCUUUCAGCCACUACAGUGCAGUCAGUCAAAGACUGGGUGUAAGUCUAGCUCAGGCAAAGGAAAAAGGACAGCUUAUAUUCCUAGAAGGACUGAAGGAAUCUCUCGGCGUUUUCCUUCAUGAGGAGUCCAAAGAAGAAAGCCAAGUGUUCAGCUUCCUUGGGGACCCAGCUGUCGGCCUGCGGGGCCUGUAUGAAUUCGUAAGGAACAGCCUGUGCAGCUCUGGGGAUGCAGAUGGUGUGCUUGAAAAAUGGGGACCCCCGGUGCUGCUGGUCGAUGACCUCACAGUUCUCCUCAGUCUGGGAAUGAGCACUGAUGCGGUUUUAGACUUUAGCCACUACUGUCGAGCCACUGUUUGCUCCAAGCUACAGGGUAAUAUGGUGAUGCUGGUGCGCUGUGAGGAGGAGGAAGAUGAAGAUGACGAAGGCUCGGAGAGGCUCCUGAAAGGCCUGACCCAUCAGUGUAGCCUUUCUUUCCAAGUGCAAGGUCUCCCCACCGGCUACUGCAGGGACAUCCACGGACAGGUGGAAGUGUGUUGGAGGUGUAGACAAGGUGACAGUCAGCAGAUGCAGAAGAAACUCUUCCAGUAUAAGGUCCACGAUAAAGGUGUCUCAUUUUUUGCCCGCGGGACAUCCAGUGCUGUUCUUUAGUCACGCUGUACAACUUCCUCGGCUGACUUUUCCCAGUGACUGGCCCGGUGGACUCCGAAAGGACAGAAACUUGAAUUUUGUUUCACUGUUAUGACUGGUACACCCCAAAGUUCACUAGAUUCAAAAAUAUGACUACAAUCCAAAAAUGACGGUUGGUUAUUUGCCACAGUGGUUGGUAAAGUAGCCAAUCUCACCAGCCGAAACCAUCAUCAAUUACGUGUAUUUCCAACCACCCUGGAUCCUGGACUGUCUGGAACACUUAACUUAAGGUCGCCCCAUCUUGUUCACUGAAUGUACAACUACAGAUAUGGUCAUGCUAGAGUCUUUUCACCUCGACAAGGGAAAGUUUGGCUGUAAACAACAUUGUCUCAUUAAAGGUUUCUCCAUUGUUACAAAUA